CAAAUUAAGCCCAUUUUUGCAGUGCAAGAUAUUUUUCAUUUUUUAUGGCUAUUACAAGCUUGGUUACAGCAGCGUUUCUCUUGGGAGUGGUUGUUGCCACUGCCAGAGUUGAACUUUCAACGACUACGCACGUUCUUAAAGGAAAGGUCCUUUGCCUUGACUGCGAUGCUGCCUAUGAUCUCUCUGGGAUCGUGGUGAUGGCAAAAUGCGAAAAGGUUAGGAAGGUAGUUACAGCAACUACAGCAAAAGAUGGGGGCUUCGAGGCGGAGCUGCCUUCAGAUGAUUGCGAGGCCAGGCUCGGUGGUGGUCGGAACCAGCUCUACGCCGCCAGAAAAGACAUGGUGGCCGGAAUCGUGAGGGGCGUUGGUGGGUCCGACGACGUCUACGGCAUCGCCACUCCGUUGGCGUUCUGCUCUUCUUGCCGGUGCCGGUCGAUCGGCGCCAGUGAAGCCGAGAAAUAUUGCAAGGCCGCCGGCGGAAAGUUUGGGUCGUCCAAGACGUUCAACCUCCCUCUGCCGCCUGAGUGGGGGAUGGCCCCUUCUAGCUACUACUUUCCUUUCUUCCCUAUCAUUGGUAUCCCUUAGAUAUUUAAUUUCCAUUUUUCUUUGCUUUUCUAGUAGUGUAUUGUUGAUAAUGAUACGUAUGUUUGUGUGUAUGGUAAAUUUUAAUCUUGAAUUAGUUUAACUUAAAAACAUUUAAAUGAGUUAAACUUCAAUGUUCUCAUAA